UUGGUGUGUGUGUGACAAUAGCAUCGGUAAAAUCCACCGGUAUCUUCUCUUUAGCUUCGAGUUAGUUGUGUGUUGUUUUUAUGUUUAUUUAGACGGAUAAGUCUCGUCUUGAAACAUUGGGACUUCACAGCCAUCAACUGCCAACAUGCCUACCGACACUCAAGAAGCAACAAAUCAGCGAUGGGGACAUCUCCGUAAGGUCCUGGAGAGGUCUGGCCCCUUCUGCCACCCUGACUUUGAGCCAUCUACUGAAACGCUGAAUUUUCUGAUGAACUCUUGUAAAAUUUUGGUUAUUGGUGCUGGUGGUCUUGGUUGUGAACUGCUGAAAGACCUUGCACUAAUGGGCUUCCGAGAGAUUCAUGUUAUUGACAUGGAUACAAUUGACUUGUCUAAUCUCAACCGACAAUUUCUUUUUCGAAGAACGGACAUUGGUCAAUCAAAAGCUGAAGUUGCAGCUCGGUUUAUUAACACUCGAGUACCUGGCUGCAACGUUACUCCACACUUCAAAAAAAUUCAAGAUUAUGACGAGUCUUUUUAUCGUCAGUUCCACAUCGUAGUCUGUGGUUUGGAUUCAAUUGUGGCACGAAGAUGGAUCAACUCACUUUUAGUUUCAAUGCUGGUUUAUGAUAGCGAUGGUGUUCUCGAUCAGUCAAGUCUCAUCCCAAUGGUUGAUGGUGGAACUGAAGGCUUCAAGGGCAAUGCCAGGGUUGUGCUUCCUGGAAUUACAGCUUGUAUUGAAUGCACUUUAGAUUUGUAUCCACCUCAGGUAACUUAUCCUCUUUGCACAAUUGCAAACACGCCACGUCUUCCGGAACAUUGCAUUGAAUAUGUCAAGAUUAUACAGUGGCCAAAAGAGAAUCCAUGGGACGUUUCAAUUGAUGGCGAUGACCCAGUUCACAUCAAUUGGAUUUUUGAGAAGGCACUAGAAAGAGCCUCACAAUUUGGCAUUCAGGGAAUAACAUACAGACUUGUUCAAGGCGUGGUAAAAAAUAUAAUUCCAGCUGUUGCCUCUACUAAUGCAGUCAUUGCUGCAGCAUGCACCACUGAAGUGUUCAAAAUAGCAACAAGUUGUUGUGUACCUUUGAAUAACUAUAUGGUGUUAAAUGUUGUUGAUGGUAUUUACACCUACACAUAUGAAGCUGAAAGGAAAGAAGACUGUCUGAUAUGCAGUCAGAAACCAAAGACUCUAGAGAUAGCUGAUGCCAAUGUCAAGUUACAAGAUGUUCUAAAUAUUUUGUGCACCAGCCCAUCUUUUCAAAUGAAAUCUCCAGGCAUCACAACAUCUGCAGGUGGCCGCGUUCGUACACUGUACAUGUCAAAUGUUGCGAGCAUUGAGAAACAAACUCGUGACAAUUUGAAAAAGUCUUUAAGUGAGCUUGGACUCUUUGAUGGUUGUGAACUGUUUGUAGCUGAUGAUACUACCCCCAACACAAUUACUAUUAAAAUUGCUUUCACCAAUAGCUGUGUAGAAAUGCAGGAAUAGCAAGUAGAACACUGGUCAUUUAUGAAAAUAAGGUUUUGUAUUAUUACUAUUUGUUGAGAGAUUAUAUAAACUGUAAUAGUUUAAAUCA